UCGUACAAUCAUCUGAUUUCACUUCAGUGUCCAUCACUAACCAGAAUCAUGAACAAGAACCCCUUGAACAUGGGCAAUGAUCUCCGGUGUGGAGAUUUUAUGAAUUCCAACAACAAUAAAUACAAGGCCACUCUCCAGCCGGACGGGAACUUUGUUCUGAUUUUGACCAGCAGUGGAGCUACAAAGUGGGAGACUAAAACCUCCAAUGAAGGUGGUCAGCGCCUGGUAAUGCAAAAAAACUGCAACCUCGUCCUGUACGACGAUGACAAUACAUGUGUUUGGAGCAGCAACUCAACCCAGUCUGGUCCUGUCAACUGCUAUUUGGAGUCAUGUGACGACGGCUAUCUGAAGAUUUGCAAUAAGGGAAAGGAGGUGUGGAGAUCCAACCCUGAUAGUAAUAAAUCAGUUCUGUCCUAAAACUUGUUGAGAUUCAGU